CGGCAGAAGCCGUAACGUGACACCAAGCCGAGCGAGGAGCCCCCGGGUGGGGAAGGAGGAGAGAGCCGGGGAGGGCAGAGAGCGGGGCGGCUUUGCGCCCAGGAGAAAGGGGAGGAGAGGAGAGGAGGGAAGCCCCUGUCAAGGAGGUGGAGCGAGAGGGUGGUGUCCGCCUCCCGAUCCUCCCUGCCUUGAGCUAGCCGAGCCUGAGUCGGGACCAAACACGCCGCCCGAGACCCACACAAAGCCCGGGGGGUCCACGCUGGCGCUCCUGGCGAGCCGUGAGCGAGCCCGGGGCACAGAGGGACCUGGGGCACGGGGCUGCUGCUAGCGGGACGUGCGACAGGGCGCGGGCUACGAUCGCCACCCCCACGCCGGGGCCCGGGACAUCUCGGGCCCUUCGGGGCCGCAGAGGGCGGCGGGGACCAAGAUGAGGAGAGUGCCCUGAGCCCGGCAACUUCGGCCCCUCCCCGCCCCCACCCGGCUGCCCUCGGCGCGUCCCUCUCCAUGUGCAGCCGGUCGGCCAGGCGCUCCGGCUGGCGGCGGAUGGGUGACCUCUUCCUGGCCCGGGCGGGCUGUGCGAGGCGGCGGAGCCGGCGAUGAAGAAGAAGCAGCAACAGCAGCAGCAGCAUCCCAGCGGCGGCGAGGAUCCCUGGCCCCAUGGGGUCCCUGUGGGGGGCGCCCCUCCGUGCCUGGGCGGCUGCAAGCGCCGGAUUCCGCUGCUGCCUUUCUUACGCUUCUCCCUCCGGGACUACGGUUUCUGCAUGGCCACCCUGCUGGUCUUCUGCCUAGGCUCUCUCUUCUACCAGCUCAGCGGGGGACCCCCUCGCUUCCUGCUCGACCUGCGGCAGUAUCUGGGAAAUUCCACUUAUUUGGAUGACCAUGGACCACCUCCUAGUAAGGUCCUUCCUUUCCCCAGCCAGGUGGUAUACAACAGAGUUGGCAAGUGUGGCAGCCGCACCGUGGUCCUGCUUCUGAGAAUCUUGUCAGAGAAGCACGGGUUCAAUUUGGUCACGUCAGACAUUCACAACAAAACCAGGCUUACUAAAAAUGAACAAAUGGAACUGAUUAAGAAUAUCAGCACCGCCGAACAGCCCUAUUUAUUCACGAGACAUGUUCACUUCCUCAACUUCUCCAGGUUUGGAGGAGACCAGCCCGUCUACAUCAACAUCAUUAGAGACCCCGUCAGUAGGUUUCUGUCAAACUAUUUUUUCCGUCGCUUUGGAGACUGGAGAGGGGAGCAGAAUCACAUGAUCCGCACCCCCAGCAUGAGGCAGGAGGAGCGUUACCUGGACAUCAAUGAGUGCAUUCUGGAAAACUACCCUGAGUGCUCCAACCCCCGGUUAUUUUACAUCAUUCCGUAUUUCUGUGGACAGCACCCCAGGUGUAGGGAGCCUGGCGAGUGGGCGCUGGAGCGUGCCAAGCUGAACGUGAAUGAGAACUUCCUGCUCGUGGGGAUUCUGGAGGAGUUGGAGGACGUGCUGCUUUUACUGGAAAGAUUCUUACCUCAUUACUUCAAGGGCGUGCUCAGCAUCUACAAGGACCCAGAGCAUAGGAAACUUGGCAACAUGACUGUGACCGUGAAGAAGACUGUCCCCUCGCCCGAGGCCCUGCAGAUCCUCUACCAGAGAAUGAGGUAUGAGUACGAGUUCUACCACUACGUCAAAGAGCAGUUCCACCUGCUGAAGCGCAAGCUGGGACUGAAGUCCCGCACCAGACCUCCUCUGCGGCCACAGUUCUUCAUUCCCACCCCUCUGGAGACCGAGGAGCCAAUCGACGACGAGGAACAAGAUGAUGAGAAGUGGCUGGAAGACAUCUAUAAGAGGUGAUACCAGCGUGACGUCGCCACCACGGCUGUGUGCCCUGCUUCCCAGAAAGUUCUUUGGGGAAGAAAACAUCUGAAGGAACUUUCGUUAAUGCUCGGGUGCAUUAAAAAGAACAAAACAUU